UGGCAAGGCCCUUUGCCGAAUGACGACGAAAUGAAUAAGACGAUUGUAAAUUUUGCUUUGUGCGGAGGCGAGUUUAUUUUCAUUUUCAUUUUCCAAAUUUUUACAGUUUCUGUACGUUUAUAAUUGCAAAAAUUUGCAGAAAAAGCUUACAAGCGCGUGUAAAAUUUAAACGCAAAAUUACUUAAGAUCAGUUUGGCAUAAAUAGUGAAGCCAACGGCAUUUGCUAUCACUGGUCGUCUGGCAAAGGCAAAAGCGAUUGAUUAGCAGAAUUGAGAAGGAAGUGCAAGGAGGAAGAGGAAGUAGAGUAAAACGAAAAGGAAGGGAAGAAAGUGCACAAACGAAUAAAUACUUGGGGUGAGAAUACUGCAAAGGCAAUAGAACAACAAGGUCCACAGCAACAGUGCGAGACGAUGCAUUUUAAACGUCUCUAAAAAGGAAACAAAGCAGAAAACAUAUCCAGUCGGCAGAAGGAAGAGGCAAGAAAAGUAUCCAUCAGACGACGGCGAUGACGACUCUGUUGUAGAACGGAAAGCACAAAAAAGUGUGAAAGGUCAGCAGACAGACGAAGAGGAGACGGAAAAUAAAGAAACCGUGCAAAAUAGUAUACUCAGCCAAAUUGCAGUAUACAUAUUGGCCACAAGUCUGGAUUGGAACUCGCCAGUAAUCUUAUUAUUUGCUACUAGCUGCCAUUGUAAGCAACCGACCGCGCAAGUGCUAACGACCACCGCCAGAUUAUCAUACAUUUCACAGAUAUUUCUUCGUACCGGAAGCAGGUGUAUAUAUUUAGGACAAGCCGGAUCUAUAGCAUUUGUUGACGACUCUACCAGUCGACCAGUGCACGCUUGCUGGGCCACGUGCGAUGUUGCCAUUCACCCCACAAGUAGUUAAACGUUUGUUAGCACUCAAGAAGGGCAACGAAGAUACGGUCGAGGGGAAGUGGUCAGAAAAGGCGGUUAAAAAUCUAGUAAAGAAAGUGAAGAAGAACAUACAACUCGAAGAGUUAGAACGUGCCAUUUCCACACAAAAUUGUAAUACACGCUGUGUCACCGUACCGCGUAGUAAGCCAGGCGCUACUGGCGAAAAUUUGCGCAAAGGACAACCUCAUGUCAUAUAUUGCCGCGUAUGGCGUUGGCCAGAUCUACAAUCUCAGAAUGAAUUGAAAGCUUUGGAUCAUUGCGAAUACGCUUUUCACUUGCGUAAAGACGAGAUUUGUAUCAAUCCAUAUCAUUACAAAAAGAUUGAACUAUCGAUUUUGGUGCCAAAAUCAUUGCCUACACCGCCUGACUCAAUUACCGAUUAUCCAUUGGAUAAUCACACCCACCAAAUACCUAAUAAUACAGAGUACAAUGCCGCUACUAUACGCAGCGCCUCUCUGAGUCCGCCACAGUAUAUGGAGUUGUCAAGUCACCAUCAUCAACAACAACAGCAUUCGCCGGGUAGUUUAGUUGGUUUGGGCAUGAGUGCAGCUCAACAACAACAACAACAAAUCAAUGGCUCACUUGUAGGAUCUGGCGCUUGUAACAUGGACUCGCAAUCAAGUGUGCUAAGUGUUGGCAGUAGCAUUCCCAACACGGGCACACCUCCACCUGGCUACAUGAGCGAAGAUGGUGAUCCCAUUGACCCGAAUGACAAUAUGAACAUGUCGAGGUUGACGCCACCAGUCGAUGCUAGUCCCGUAAUGUACCAUGAGCCCGCUUUCUGGUGCUCAAUUUCUUAUUAUGAACUUAACACGCGUGUCGGUGAAACCUUCCAUGCCUCGCAACCAUCUAUUACAGUAGAUGGUUUCACCGAUCCCUCAAACUCUGAGCGUUUCUGUCUUGGCCUACUCUCCAAUGUAAAUCGUAAUGAAGUGGUUGAACAGACUCGUCGCCACAUUGCCAAAGGAGUACGUCUUUAUUAUAUUGGGGGUGAGGUGUUCGCAGAAUGCCUCAGUGAUUCGUCAAUAUUUGUGCAAAGUCCUAAUUGUAAUCAACGCUAUGGAUGGCAUCCAGCUACUGUCUGUAAAAUACCACCAGGAUGUAAUUUGAAAAUCUUUAAUAAUCAAGAAUUCGCAGCAUUGCUAUCGCAAUCAGUAUCACAGGGUUUUGAGGCCGUAUAUCAAUUAACGCGUAUGUGUACCAUACGCAUGUCAUUUGUGAAGGGUUGGGGUGCAGAAUAUAGACGUCAGACGGUUACUUCAACUCCGUGUUGGAUUGAGUUGCAUUUGAAUGGGCCGCUACAAUGGUUGGAUCGUGUUCUCACGCAGAUGGGUUCGCCGCGCUUGCCAUGCAGCUCCAUGUCUUAAACACACCGAAACGCAUAAAAGGAAAAAAUGUGAAGCGAGAAAGAUGAAAAAAGGAGUUAGGAGUGCAUUAAUGCAUUAAAAUCAAUGCCAACCGAGGAGUAACCUAUGUUUGCACAUAUAUAUGUAUGUAUGUAUUGAAUAAGUAUACGUAAAAAUUAGUGAUUCAAAUAAUUGGAAACUUUUUUUCUAAAAUGUUUCAAAUGCCCUUAAUCGUGGUUGUUUUGUGUGAGAUUCCCUAGAAAUUAAAUUCGAACGGUGUUCACAUGAGGCGAUUUUCCAGGCAAUUUAAGAGGCGAUUAGUUGAACCAAAAGUUGGCUGCACCCCAAGCUUGGUCCCCAACUUCAUUGGAAGCGGUUAGUUCAUACCAGGCGAUUGUUGAUUUCAACUAAAAGUUGCCUGUAAAAUCGCCUCAUGCAAACACCAUAUUAAAGAUAGAAGCGAUGUUAAAAUAAAUUUUUGCAAUUUAUUGCCAAUGACAGAUA